GCGCCAGCGUUUUGCGGCACCGUAGGUGAGGGCGGUGGCGUGCGUAUUCACUCCGCGCGAAUCCGCCUUUCCGCUACCUGCUUUUUCGGAAAGGCUUCAAUUAGCAAUUUGGGGACCCAACUACAAUUUUCAGAGGUCUCCCUCCCCCUGGACUUUGAAAUGCUUUACCUGAUCGGCUUGGGCCUGGGCGAUGCCAAGGACAUCACAGUCAAGGGCCUGGAAGUUGUAAGACGCUGCAGUCGAGUGUAUCUAGAAGCCUAUACCUCAAUCCUGACUGUAGGGAAGGAAGUCCUGGAAGAGUUUUAUGGAAGAAAAUUGAUUCUUGCUGAUAGAGAAGAAGUGGAACAAGAAGCUGAUAAUAUUUUAAAGGAUGCCGAUAUCAGUGAUGUUGCAUUCCUUGUGGUUGGUGAUCCAUUUGGGGCUACCACACACAGCGAUCUUAUUCUGAGAGCAACAAAACUGGGAAUCUCUUACCGAGUUAUUCACAAUGCUUCCAUAAUGAAUGCUGUAGGCUGCUGUGGUUUACAGUUGUAUAAAUUUGGAGAGACAGUUUCUAUUGUGUUUUGGACAGACACUUGGAGACCAGAAAGCUUCUUUGACAAAGUGAAGAAGAACAGAGAAAAUGGCAUGCACACAUUAUGCUUACUAGACAUCAAAGUAAAGGAGCAAUCUUUGGAAAAUCUAAUCAAAGGAAGGAAGAUCUAUGAACCUCCUCGGUAUAUGAGCGUAAACCAAGCAGCCCAGCAACUUCUGGAGAUUGUUCAGAAUCAACGAAUACGAGGAGAAGAACCAGUCACUGAGAAGACACUCUGUGUUGGCUUAGCCAGGGUUGGAGCCGAAGACCAGAAAGUUGCAGCAGGCACUUUGCAGCAGAUGUGUGCUGUGGACUUGGGAGGACCAUUACACUCCUUAAUUAUCACAGGAGAUAGCAUGCAUCCACUGGAGAUGGAGAUGCUAAGUCUGUUUUCCAUACCAGAAAAUAGCUCAGAAUCCUGUUGAUGAACUUCAUGAACAUAGACAUUUUCUAUUGUUAGAUACUAAUUUCAGUCAUAUAUGCAUGUACACAUACUGUAAAAUGAACAGUUCUUUUGGUUUACCUAAUAAUUAUAAAGCAAGUGACCAAGAAGAGAGAUGUUGAUUCAACAAUACUUGGUUUCCUGUGGCAGUGAGUUUUUUUUUUUUCCUCCUAAAACAUCAUCAGUUGUUGCUGUAUUAGUAGUUUUUCAGGAUAAACACACAUGGAGCAGACCAAGCCUGAAAACUUGCAGAGACAUUCAUAAACAGAGUUGUUUAAAAGCAGUUUUUACUUAUGAAAUGAAUUUAUACAACGUGGAACUUUCUUAAAAAGUCAGCUGUCCUGGGCACCUGGGUGGCUCAGUUGGUCAAGCGACUGCCUUCGGCUCAGGUCGUGAUCCUGGAGUCCCGGGAUCAAGUCCCACAUCAGGCUCCCUGCUCGGCGGGGAGUCUGCUUCUCCCUCUGACCCUCUUCCCUCUCAUGCUCUCUAUCUCUCAUUCUCUCUCUCUCAAAUAAAUAAAUAAAAUCUUUAAAAAAAAAAAAAGUCAGCUGUCCUGACCAUAAGAUGAGUUGUCCUGAUAGCAGUUGGUAUUACUGCAUAUAAGCAGAGGUGGGAAGGAUAAGUCCCACCCAACAGUCCUACUUACUUGAAGAUCAGCUGAGCACAUGCCACAAAAUGACAUCCUUCUGAAUUGCCUUGUUUUGUUUAGCUGACAUCCUAAUUAUGUGGUUCAUAUUCUGCUGUAUUUUGGAGGUUAUAUAAUUGUUGAAUUAUAAAUGUUCAGCCAGCCGUGUACAGUUGCUGUUUGGUUUUAAAUAGCAUCUUUCACAUCCAUCUUGACAAAUGGAAAACUUACUACAAAAUACAGUUUUAAAAAAUUUAAAUUUGGAGGCAGUGGGUUAGUCAAGAUUUGUCAUAUCACUUAGCUCAGUUGAUAUGCCACUGUAUGUAUGCAUGUAGUCACAUUCUUUCUCCCAGUUGUAAAUGGCACUCCAUGUAUUAUAUUUCAUGACUGUAGAGUCUUGUACUUUUUGGUAGUUCCAUAACAGAAAUAGCUUUGCUAUAUGCCAGUUUAGUUGGUCUAACUUUAACUAUUUCCAUGGCUUAAUCAACCAUAGCUUAAAUUUCGUUAAAUUCAUUGGAAGUUGAAUGUACACUUUCCUACUUCCGGGGAGCAAUGAUUAACAAGAAAUCAUUUUGACAUUUUUCUUUUCUUUUUUAAGUAGUCUCCAUGCCCAGCGUGAAUCAGCCCAACACAAGGCUUGAACUAACGACCCUGAGAUCAAGAGUUGAGCUGGAAUUAAGAGUCGGAGGCUCAACCAGGCGCCCUUGACUUACUUCAUUUGAGAUAAAAGAUACUUCAUAUAUAUAUGAAAUACUCCAUUUUUAGUCUGUUACACAAAAGGGGAGAGAGCCAAGGACAUUUAAGUGCUAAUUCUGUGUUUUCUUCUGAAGCGUUAAAGCAAGCAUUGAAUAAUUAUUAUAAAAGGAAAGACUUCUACCUUUGUAAUGUACAAGCCCUCCAAAAAAAUGUACAAGCUUGUAAUGUACAAGCCCUCCCAAAAAAUGCUGGACAAAUAUAACUGCCUAAAGACACUGGGGGGAAUGACCAAAAGCAGGCUGAGACUUAGGCUUAUAUAUAUAGCUUUUUCCCUCAGGACAUUUCCCAAGUCUGUCCGGUAAGGGAUGGCUAGAACUCAAGAGAAGGUUGCAGUCUUACUGGUUUGAGGGCUCAGAGAAGUUGGGGGCUGCUAGAGGACCUGUAUAUUGAGGAGGAAAUUCUAGAAAUGAAGGUGGCACUGAAGGAGAAGCCAACCUUCCAAUCUACAUACAAAUCUCUUAACUCUUUGGCUAACUGCUGAAUUGUGCUUGUACAGGGAAGUCUCCCUGAACCUGGUGGAAAGCCAGAGCUGGAAGGCUGAAAAAUCUGAGCAGAGCUUGUUGCUCUGUAUUGCAAGAGAAAACAGAAUUUCGAGUUUGAAUCCUGACAAGUUAGAAGGCUUGGUAAGCAUCUUAGGCUUUCUGUCAAAUCCGUAGAAUGGGGCGCCUGGGUGGCUCAGAUGGUUAAGCGUCUGCCUUCGGCUCAGGUCAUGAUCCCAGAGUCCUGG